AGGACAACGGUAGCAGACGAAUUGGUGGCUGACAUUCUCUAUUGUGCCGCCACAACAUUAUCCUCUUUAAUAAGCCGAGCAGACCAGCAGGAGAUCUGCCACAUACAUCGUUCCUCCAGAGAUCACUGACUCCAGACAACCAAACUCUUUCGGUCUGUGGUCCUGAAGUUCUUUCUCCGCUCUCGGUGGGCUUUCUCGUCCUCCUGAACGAGUGGAUUUUAUCGGAUUGGGGAAACCAUGGGACUUGGGGUUAGGGGUGCAAGGACUGCGUUCCUGUGUUUAUGGAGGUUAUUUUUACUGCUCUGUGGAGUCUGGACCGCUCGGUCCCAAACGCCAGGGGAUGAGAAGUCGAUGUACUUCUGGGAGACAGGUCCAUGGGGCAGGUGUAUGGGCAACGAGUGCGGUCCAGGUGGGAGUCAGAGUCGGGCGGUGUGGUGCGCCCAUGUGGAGGGCUGGACGACCCUUCAUACCAACUGCCCUCAAUCCACACGGCCGGCCAACCAGCAGAGCUGCUUCCGUGUCUGCGACUGGCACAAGGAUUUGUACGACUGGCAGCUUGGUGCGUGGAACCAAUGUGUUCCCAUAUCUUUGCGCACAGGUAGCGGAUACGCAAGGUUGUGCUCACAAGGAGAAGAGGGCAUCCAAACACGGGAGGUGACCUGUGCGCUCAAGGCCGAUGGGUCGCUGGCCGACGAUGCCAUCUGUGAGUACUUUGAACCCAAACCCAGGCAGGAACAAGCCUGUCUCAUCCCCUGCCCUCAGGACUGCGUGGUGACUGAAUUUACCCCAUGGACCACGUGCUCAAAGACCUGUGGGCUGGGUCUGCAAAACCGUGUGCGCUCCGUUAUGGCGCCCCCACUUUUUGGCGGACUUCCUUGCCCCAAUCUGACGGAGUUCCAGACGUGUGCGCCGAGAGCCUGCGAAGGAAGAGAGACGGUGUUUAAUUUGAGAGUUGGCGGGUGGAGCGAGUGCAAACUGCCACCUCAACCAACACCGUCGCCGAUGGCCUUUUCCUCCGGUACCCCCCCACGCGCCAUCCGCCAAGCUCGGCGACGGAAAGGAAAAGCAAGGAAAGCUAACAGAGACCCAGAGAUGCGUGAGCUCAUCAAGAACAAGAGGAACCGGAAUAGGCUGAAUCGACCGGAUAUCGAUCUCUGGAAUAUCGAAGUUGGAUACCAGUUUCGGCAGGUGGUUUGUGUCCAUCGAAAUGGAAGUACCGUAUCACUCGGCCAGUGUCCCCACUGGAGCCUUCCGGAAACAUAUCAGUCCUGCCUGAUGUCCAAAGACUGUGCAGUAAGUGAAUGGGGCUCAUGGAGUCCCUGUUCUAAGACCUGCACAGACCCCAGCGCUCAGAAGGGCACACGAUUUCGCAGCCGACAGCUCGUACAGCUUCCUGUUGGAGCCGGGGCAGAGUGUCCUCAGCUGGAGGAACAUCAAGCCUGUGAGCCUGAGGGUACCGUUGUGCCACCCUGUGCCAUUUAUGCCUGGCGGACCUCAGAAUGGAGCGAAUGCCGCGUUGACGCACUGCUUAGCCAACAAGACCGCCGGCGUGGAAAUCAGACCGGCCUCUGUAGCGGAGGCUUGCAGACCAGAGAGGUUUACUGCAUCCAAGCCAAUGCUGAACUGCUCAACUACAUCAAUAACAAUAAAGAAAAACAAGAUGGCCAGUCUGUAAAUGGCCAGAUGCCUAGUGCCCCUCCCCUCCUCUCCAUCAGCUUUGAGAUCUCAGCAUCACAGCCCGUGGACAGCCGCUUAUGUACAGGAUCCUCUCCAAGUACCACGCAGCUAUGCCAUAUCCCGUGUCCCGUGGAGUGCGAAUUAUCCCCGUGGGGCGCCUGGGGACCCUGCACCUUUGAGAAUUGUGAUGAACGUGCCAUAAAGAAAGGAUUCAAGUUCAGACGACGAAAAGUCACUAAUAAUCCCACGGGUGGCGAGGGAAGCUGUCCUCAUCUGGUGGAGGCCAUCCCAUGUGAAGAUCCCACCUGUUUUAGCUGGCAGCUGGUUAAACUGGAGGACUGUGUUCCUGAAAAUGAUAUGGAGUGUGGUGGGGGCACCCAGAAUCCAGAGGUUCGCUGUGUCGACAGUGAAGGUAAAGAGGUGGAGAAGGAGAUGUGUGGUGAUGUUGUCUCUCCUGCACCUGUGCCCUGUACGGUCCCCUGCCCUAAAGACUGUGCCCUCAGUCUCUGGACACAAUGGUCCACCUGUUCCCAGACCUGCUCCAGCAAAACCGCCGAGGGCAAACAGAUGAGAACCCGAGCCAUUCUGGCUUACAAUGCAGGAGAAGGAGGUUCCGGUUGUCCGAACAGCAGCUCCCUGCAGGAGGUGCGCAACUGUAAUGAACAUCCAUGCGUGGUGUAUCACUGGCAGGUGGGUCCAUGGGGACAGUGUGUGGAGGACACCAGCUCAUCAACCCUCAACACAUCCUCCAACGCAGGAAAAACCACUUGCGCCCUGGGAAUGCAGACACGCAAGGUCAUCUGUGUUAAAGUCAACGUCGGACAAGUGCCACCCAAAAAAUGUCCGGAGGCUCCUCGUCCAGAAUCGGUGCGACCCUGUCUGCUACCCUGUAAGAAAGACUGUAUAGUAACACCAUACAGUGACUGGACACAAUGCCCAACGUCCUGUGAAGAAGGGGUAACUGGUCAGAAGACUAAACAGUCCCGGUAUCGAGUGGUCAUCCAGAUGGCUGCUAAUGGAGGUCAGGAGUGUCCAGAUGUCCUUAAUGAAGAAAGAGAUUGUGGCACACCAUCUAUCUGUCCAGGUUACAGGUGGAAAACACACAAGUGGCGUAAAUGUCAGCUGGUGCCGUGGAGCAUUCGUAGGGAUGCUAAAGGUGCGCAGGAGAACUGUGGUGCUGGAGUCCAAACACGAGCUAUCUCAUGUAGGCAGCUGGAUGGUACAUUGGUGGAUGUUGUGCAGUGUCUGAGGUCUGCGGGCAGUAUGCCCGAUGUAAGCCAGUCCUGCCAGUUACCCUGCAGGGACGACUGCCAGCUCACCAACUGGUCCAAGUUCUCUCCCUGCACCUCGGACUGCGUUGGGGUUCGAACGCGGAGGAGAGCUCUUGUCGGAAAGAGCAAGAAGAAGGAUAAAUGUAAGAACAGUCAGAUGUACCCACUGAGCGAGACCCAGUACUGCCCGUGUGAUAAAUACAACGCCCAGCCGGUGGGGAACUGGUCUGACUGUAUUCUGCCUGAGGGUCGUGUGGAAAGCGCUUCGGGCAUGAAGGUCCAAGGAGAUGUGAAGGAGUGCGGGCAGGGGUAUCGUUACCAAGCCAUGGUGUGCUAUGAUCAAGACAACAGGCUUGUGGAGACCUCACGCUGUAAUAGUCACGGUUAUAUAGAGGAGGCCUGCAUUGUUCCCUGCCCUUCCGAUUGUAAACUCAGCGAAUGGUCCAACUGGUCACGCUGCAGCAAAUCCUGUGGCAGCGGGGUCAAAGUUCGCUCCAAGUGGCUCAGAGAAAAGCCGUAUAAUGGAGGGCGACCCUGUCCCAAACUGGACCACCUUAACCAGGCACAGGUUUAUGAGGUGGUGCCGUGUGUCAGUGACUGCAGUCAGUACAUUUGGGUAGCUGAGCCCUGGAGCGUCUGGAAAGUGAGUAAUGUGGACCUGAAGGAGAACUGUGGUGAGGGUGUACAGACCAGAAGAGUCAGGUGUAUGUUAAAUACAGCGGACGGUCCCACUGAUGCAGUCGAGGACUAUCUGUGUGAUCCAGAGGAGAUGCCGCUGGGAACGAGGGAAAGCCGUCUGCCCUGCCCGGAGGACUGCGUGCUAUCUGACUGGAGCUCGUGGACCCCAUGUGACCUGCCGUGUACUGGAAGAGGAGAUCGUGAGAGGACUGCAUUCGCCAUUCGUCUGCCUAAAGAGGGAGAGGACUGUCCAGUAAGCAUGCAGACCGAACCCUGCCUACUGAACCGAAAUUGCUUUCACUUCAGUUACAACAUCACAGACUGGAGCACAUGCCAAUUAAGUGCCAACGCUGUGUGUGGAGUCGGUCUGAAGACGAGGAUGCUGGACUGCGUUAGAAGUGACGGCAAAUCCGUCGACCUCAAGUUUUGUGAAGAGUUGGGUUUGGAGAAGAAGUGGCAGAUGAAUGCUUCAUGUACGGUGGAGUGUCCUAUCAACUGCAAGCUCUCCGAAUGGUCGGCAUGGUCAGACUGUUCCCAGACCUGUGGUCUCGAUGGGAAGAUGUGGCGCAGACGGUCGGUGCUCCAGGCGUCUCAGGGAGAUGGCAGGCCGUGUCCGUCACAGAUGAAGCAGUGGAGGCCGUGUCCCGUUCAGCCCUGCUACAGAUGGCAGUACAGCCAGUGGUCAGAGUGUCGUGUUGAGGAGGUGGUGUGCGGGGUGGGCUUGCGUUUCCGGAACAUGUCCUGCUUUGUAUCAGACGGAUCCAGCGAGGGGAAAAGCAGCAUUGUAGAGGAGGAUCUGUGUUCUGGACUGGAACAGGCCGUUGAUGGAGAUAAAGACAUUGUUUUGGAGGAGACCUGCACCUUACCCUGCCCUGGUGACUGUUACCUGAUGGAGUGGUCCGACUGGAGCCUGUGUCAGAGCGUCUGCGUGAAGGGACAACUGUUGGACUUUCCUGCAGUUCAGGUGCGGUCACGUGCCGUUAUCGCUCAGGAACCAGAAAACAUCGCUCAGUGCCCCGAUCAGGAGUGGCAGACGCGGCCUUGCAGCGAUGGUGAAUGUUUCGAGUACAGAUGGAUGAGCGGUUCUCAACUCAUCUGGUGUGAACGCUCAGAUGGAUUAAAUGUAACAGGUGGAUGUCCUCCGACCCGACCGCCAGGGUCAGAUCAGUCAUGUGAUCCAUUUUGUGACAAGCCGCAGUCAUUCUGUUCUGAGGAGGGCCUGUGUGUGUGCGAGGAGGGUUAUACUGAAGUGUUGACUGCUGAGGGACUUAUAGAGCAAUGUGCACCAAUCCCAGUGCUCGAAAUCCCAACGGCAGGGGACAAGAAGGCCGAUGUCAAGACCAGCCGAGCCAUCAACCCCACCUUUCCCACUACGGUCCAACCCGGCCGUGUCGGGCGCACUUGGUACCUGCAACCCUUUGGACCAGACGGUAAGCUGAAGACAUGGGUUUACGGUGUGGCGGCAGGUGUUUUCGUCCUUCUGGUCUUUAUAGUGUCCAUGAUUUACCUUGCAUGCAAAAAGCCAAAGAAACCUCAGCGAAGACAAAACAAUAACAGACUGAAACCUCUGACCCUGGCGUAUGACGGUGAUGCUGACAUGUAGCUCAUCCUGGAGACCACAAAACAUCAUCAACCUUCUGCAGAUGUGGGAAUCUCAACAAAACACAAAUGUGAGAUUAACAAAAGAAACUCAUUCUUCAAGUUUUGGGAGAUCAGUACUGGACACUUUGCUUAAAUCCAACUUACAAGAAAAACAUUCAUGGAUCACCGGAGAUAAAACAAAACUUCACGCUUGUUUCUACUCUACAUUCUCAUUCUGAAAGAGCCUUUACAAUAACGCCUUUGUUUCAGUUCAUUAUUGUGCAACUACAAUCAAGUUUUUGGUCAUCUGCGAUUGGUCUGACUUCUCUCUAGGAUUUUAUCAGCGCAAUUUUUUGGUUUCCUGUUUUUAGGAAUUUUUGAGGAAGGUUAUUGCAUAAACAAUGUCAACACAUAAACAAAGAGAAUAAUAAUAAACUCUUACUUCAAAUAUCACUUAGAUUUGCUCACCGAACUUUUCGAGAAGCGGCUUUUCUAUGGAAAGUGAAAGUUUCCAGACAAAUCCUGGUUUUCCUGGAUCUCCGUUCUGAUUCCAGGUUUUUGUGCACUAUAUUAGUGCAGCACCGUUUGCCAUUGAACAAUGUCUGAAACAACGAUUCUUUAAGAAAAGAAAACAUGAAACACAAUGAUGUGUAUAAAUAAAUCUCAGUCAGUGUUGGAAUCUUUAAAGACCUGAUGUCCUUCAGUCAUCACUUAUUGUGCAAUGUAUCAUUUCUAUAAUGUGUCUUCUUGUUUGUUUUUAGUUUUACAUUACAUAAUUUAUAUAUAAAUAUUUAAUUGGAUGAGAAAUGGUUGUGCCAGUAUAAUGAUGUUUGGUGGGCGCGGGUUAUACAUGUGUCAAGACAAUGGGUCUCUUGAUAAGACCAAUCAUUUCUGCCUUAUUAUUGAUUAAGAAAUAUGGAAGGUGUCUCAGUAUUGUUGCCAAAUCCUCACAAAACAAUGUCAUAGGUCAUACAAAAAUACACUGCCCCCAAAAUGUAUUUGAACACUUCAAAAUGCCCAUAUAUCACAGUUAGUUGAAUCUGCAGAUACAUGAUGCAAAAGCUUCUCAUAACAUAACAUAAAUAAUUUUUAGUGGCUGUAUGAAGUUAGUUUCCCUGUGUGAAGGGCAAAUUGCUGUCCUAACAGAGUAACCUCAGGUUUAUUUCUUCACAUUAACUUGUUGAACUAAUAGUCGACAACCAGAAACUAUCCAAACCUGUUGUUUUAUCAUUGAUGUGUUGCUUUUAAAACAUGCUUGUGAUUUAAAAUAAAAUAGCACAUAGAGUUAUCUAAUACAAUGACAUUCAUGACUUAAGUAUGCAAAUUCUUUUUUAGGGCCACUGUUCGUGUGUAGCACUUUGGUCUGACCAAAAAAAUUAAUUAAUUUUAUAUAUAUAUAUGGAAAUAUAUAUAUGGAAAUAUUCAGGUCAUGGUCGAUUUAAUGUCAAAAACUGUCCCAAUCUGCCUAAAUUCACUCUGUAUAGUACAUAAGGAUGAAAUGUACGUUUCCAAAAAGUAUUUUUAAUAAAUUAUUGCUGUUUGAUAUAUAUAAAAGCUUAGAUAAUGAAAUCUAAAUUGGAUUUGAAUUUAAAAAGCAAUUAUAAUUGUAGCCUAUUCAUAAAACAACUUGAAUACCAUAAUAUCAUAUGUAAUAGAUACUUUGAAUUGAUCAACUUUCUCAUUAUAACCCCAUUUAUUCAGUUUAGUGUGGCUCAUUUCGCCUGGACGUCCUGCUAAUAGCUGGUAAAAUAGUUUUAUUUGUAAAUAAAUGAAUAUUCAUUUCAUCCUACGAGUUAUUUUUUAUCGCACAGAAAUGUUUAAUAUAUAUUGCAAAGUGAUAUCACAGAUUUCUUUUUUUUUUCAUGUUGUAAAGUUUCGAGGUCUUUUGUACAGCUUGUUUAUGUUUUAUGAUGACCUUCAGAAAAUAAAUAUUCGUGUAUUAUAAUGUGU